GGCAUGAACAUCACCCUCACGCUACGGCUCCUCAUGCACGGAAAGGAAGUCGGCAGCAUCAUUGGAAAGAAAGGAGAGACAGUGAAGAGAAUACGAGAAGAGAGCAGCGCCCGUAUCAACAUCUCAGAGGGCUCGUGUCCAGAGAGGAUCAUCACCAUCACAGGACCUACAGACUGUGUCUUCAGAGCCUUCACUAUGAUCACUCUCAAACUGGAAGAGGACCUUUCAACUCUGGUAGCCAAUGGCACGGUCACCAGCAAGCCUCCCGUCACCCUACGAUUGGUCAUUCCUGCCAGCCAAUGUGGCUCUCUCAUCGGGAAGGGCGGCUCCAAGAUCAAGGAGAUCAGAGAGACCACCGGGGCACAAGUACAGGUAGCUGGGGACCUUCUGCCCAACUCCACCGAGAGAGGAGUGACGAUAUCUGGAACCCAAGACGCCGUGAUCCAGUGUGUUAAACUCAUCUGCACUGUCAUUCUCGAGUCACCUCCGAAAGGAGCCACUAUUCCGUAUCGACCCGGCCCCUCCCCGGGAACAGUCAUGAUCGGCGGGAACCAGGUGUUUGAGACUUCUGAAUACGGAUCACAUCCUUUCUUCCAUGUGGCCCAGGGAGGGCUGGAUUUACAACAAUUGGCCAAGCUUCACCAGUUGUCGAUGCAGCAGCAAGGCCUGGCCGCCCAAAUGAGCCAGCAGCAAGCCAACUCUGUCAUGCCUGGAAUGGAGUCCAAUUCCCAGACCACAUCACAGGAACUGCUCAUUCCUAAUGACGUAAGUGUAGCUAGCGAUACUUUGUCUACGAUGACAGCCCAGCCCGGACAGUCCUCCCCUGUUCAGCCCCUCCCCUGCCCCUCCACCAGCCUAACUCCGCAUAGGCCCAGCCCCUCCCCCAGCCCCUCCCCUGCCUCUCUCCCAGCCCAACUCCGCAAGGCCCAGCCCCUCCCCCAGCCCCUCCCCCAGCUCUCCCCUGCCCCUCCCCAGCCCAACUCCGCAAGGCCCCGCCUCCCCAGCCCCUCCCCCAGCCUCUCCCCUGCCCCUCCCCAGCCCAACUCAGCAUGGCCCAGCCCCUCCCCCAGCCCCUCCCCGGGGGGGUGA